UGCCAACGAUAAAAUCCACAAGCAGUGUCAUUAAUUGAGGGAUGCUCAAUACUACAUUAGAUGUUCCUAUUUUGGCUUUGAAAUGUAAUUCUAUCACAGGAUCUUUUCAUGAUCUUGAUGAUCUCACAGAAAUCUUGUUUAACUUGGAGAAUUUUCAGGUUCAGAAAGGGAUAGCUGUCAAGAGUAAGUGACACGGUCAAUUAGUAAAGAACUUGCAGUAAUAGGCUUUAAGAGAUAAGCUUUAGAUAAUUGAAAUGGAAAUUCUGAACUAGAUCAGUGAAAACUCAAAGAAUAUACUAAUCUCUUUAGGAUUUAUUUUCAGGUAAAAUGUGUGACUUUGUAACUAUUAAUCGAUACCACAAACUUAGGUACUUGAAAACUGAUAUCUGGGCUAUCAAGGACAAAAGCUUUCACAAGGUGAAUUGUGCUAAAUCCAGCUGUAAGUGCUCUCUGACCAUGGAUUAUAUAAUUCUUGUCGAGUCUUGAUAGGCAGCUGAUAGACAUUGUUUCACAUCUUGUAAAACUGUAACAAAAGUCAUGCCUAUCCAGUAUAUUGCUCCUGUGGUUCAAUAAUCAGCUAGCAGCACGCUUGGCUCCAAUGUCCACACAGACACACACACACACACAAAAAAAAAAAAAGAAACAAAGAACAACCCUUUAAUCUUCUAUUGUGAAAGCCAGGCCUAAACUUAAUAUGCCCAACUACCAAACAUAAUUUCUUAUUGUAAUCUUCUAUCACAUGGUUUUGCUUAAUUCCCCGAGUCACUGCACAUUGGAUGCCACAUCUACAUAAACAGUAUAAAGCUUGGCUGUCAAAUUGUUCAUAGAAAGUUGGCAUUGACCAAAUGCCUUGAGUUUUUGUGGUUCGUAAAGCUUGUUUGAGUAGUGACCAUCAGGUAUCAGCUUAGUUCGGGCCCGUUUGUUGUUAAAUUACUCUGCAAAUAGAUAGAUACAUAUCAUAUGAGGCUUUCUUUAUAUGCUGCAUGCACGCUGAUGUUUAAUUGUCAAACAAAGACAAACAUUUCCCACCUCUAUCAUAAAUUUCAUACAUGUCCAUCACAUGGUAUUGCUUGCCAUGUUACCAUGCUUUAUGAGGACUAAUUAAGGGGACUGUCUCCUGCUAUGCGAUUCAUGUCAAUAUAUAACCAAUCCAUUUCGUUUCUCCCUGCAUAGCACAAAACAAGAACUCAGUGUUCUAAGAGUUUUAUAGCCCAAUUUCCUACUUUAUCUUAAAAGCUUUCCCUAUUAUUUGAGUAUUAGCAAGAUGAUAAGUGCCAAGAAACUAAUCAAAAUGGCAAGGAAAUGGCAGAAGCUGGCUGCUCUAAGGCGAAAAAGAAUCACAAUGCCAAGAAACAGUGCAGCUGUGGAUGCAGAAAGCUGUAGCACAUCAAAUACAGUUGAGAAGGGUCACUUUGUUGUGUACUCAAUUGAUGAGAAACGCUUUGUGCUUCCUUUGGAAUAUCUCAACAAUGAUAUUAUCAAAGAACUAUUCAUGCUUGCAGAAGAAGAGUUUGGGCUGCUAAGCAAUAAACCUUUAACAUUGCCAUGUGAUGCAGGCUGUAUGGAAUAUGUAAUCGAUUUACUUCGAAGGCGAAUGAGUAAAGAUGUAGAGACAGCAUUGCUCAUGUCCAUGGCUAGCUGCUCAUCAUAUGCUAAUCCUUAUCGAGCAAUUGCAAGUCAACAAUUACCAAUCUGCAGCUUCUAAAACCAUAUCUUCUUUUGAUUUUGUAAUUAAUUUCCAUGAGUGUACAGAUAUAUUUAUGAAUGAAGAUUUUAACUUUAAGGAUUCUCUUUAUGUUAUUGUCUUUUCUUGGGAUUUUGACUUUAAGUAUUCCACUAGUCAUGAUUCCAAUAAAUGCACUUCUUUAAAUGGAA